AUGACCUGUCGGACAAAUCACAAUGGCCCAAUGAUUUGUUCCUCCACGGCUCUUUUCCGACGACGGGAGCCGUUUGGUGGAGCUCUGACGUUUGGUUUCCCACGGUACCAAGCGGAGCCCUCGGCCCUCCAAGUGACCAACGACAACACGGAUAUGCCACGAGACACUGCGCCCUGGUCCCCCAGAUUUGGUACCUGUCUAAUCGCGAUGCAGAUCUGGGUCAAGGAAAACCAAGAACGUCGUCACGAGACGGCGAAUGCUGGGCUGGGGGAAACAGUCAUCCCCGUGCUGCUCUGCGCCACAGGGUUUCAGGCCAUGGGCAUUGACGCGAUGUCCUCAGCGAACCAGAACGAGCGGCUCUCACCACAAGACCCCAGGGCAGGAGGCUCGGCUACCGCUUCUAUAAAGACUUCUAUUACGAGAGCGAGUCCAUAUCACCCAGCCCAUCAUAUCCUCUCUUCGACCCAGAUUCGGCUCUCACAACUCACCGGGCCCUUCCGCCUCCGGUCUCAACUCAUUCCAUACACAUCACAUCGUCUUGAUGCCACUCUCUCGGUCUUCGACAUUUGCGACAACACAAUAUGGAGCAAGUUCAUGGAGUUGACGUGA